ACUACCAGCAAGAUGGCGACCGAAAUCAACUACUACAUGAUGACCAAGGUCGAGAAGAAGGAGGAGGUCUAUGCCCCUCUCUCUUCCGCCUUGACGGAAGUGACGGAGAAGAUGGAGAUGGAGAAGAAUGUCCUCGGCAUGGACGACGAGUCCUACAUGAAGCUGAUCUUUGGCGGCGAGAAGAUGGCCGAGUUCCUGGUCUACAUCUCGCGUGUGGACGUGUUCUCGCACAACUUCUCCACCGUGAUGUCCGAUGAUUUGGAGAUGCUGGCGGUGCUGAAAAAGCUGAAGUACCUAUCCCGCGUAAAAACGUCUCCACCCCAUAGUUGUCAUUCAGAUUUGCAAGCACAAGAGCAUUUGUAGUGCGCAUCCCCAUGAUAGGCAUUUCCGAUCGUGCUUUGGACCUUGUAAUGCUGUAAACAGGAUGAGCAGAUGGAUUUGUAAUGCGACUUCCCUUUCUAAACUGCAUCACACUAGAGCCUGGAAUUUGUAAUGCGUGACUCCCAAAACUUCGAAGUUUGUGUUGCAAAAUCCCCAUCUCGACUCUGGUGUGGGGAUGUUUUUGCUCAGGAUAGUACUCGCUGAACCUCCCCGUCGGACAGCUGCUCGCGCUGGUCGAGGACACCUUCAAGCUGUGCCUGAACGACGUGAUCGCUUCUUGUAUGCAGCAGAUGCGCAAGCUGCUGGCCAACCGCGUUUCCGCGGAUAAGAAGCAGGCGAAGGGGUAUUUUUAUCAGCUGUUCAAGGACGUGCUGAAGGCGGAAACGUCCGUGAUUCCGCGCAAGAUUAUUGAGAUGUACAUGGAGAACGCGGAGGCGCUGGAGUCCAUCGACCCGCACGCCGUGUACCCCACCUCCAUCUACCGCCGCUGCGACGGGCUGACGCUGGCCACCGAGAACGCGCAAACGAUUGAAGCGUUGAUGGAGACCAGUCUGACGACCACGAUCAAGAUCACGCAGAACGUGCUGGACCCGGAAAAGAACCAUUUGUUGAAGUCGGUCUACGAGCCGCUCGGCCGCGUCGUGAUUCUCAUUGACGACAAGUGCGAUGAGUUCGGCUACUCGCAACAGCUGCGGAACUACUUCGCGCACUUCAAGAUCGACGUCAUUCUGAUGGUUUUCGGCGGGAACGAGAUCGACAAGGACAUGUCCAACGUGGAGCGAAUCCUUGUUUCCUUGAAGGCCAAGGGCGUGUGCCGCAACGAGCCGGUUUUGAUCGUGGGCGGUGGCGUGCUCGCGGACAUCGCGGGCUUCGCGUGCGCGCUGUACCACCGCAACACGCCCUACGUGAUGCUGUGCACCUCCAUCGUGUCCGGGAUCGACGCCGGUCCAAGCCCGCGCACCUGCUGCGACGGGUUCGGGUACAAGAACCUGUACGGUGCCUACCACCCGCCCAUCCUCACCCUGACCGACCGCGCGUUCUGGGGCACGCUGAAGAAGGGCUGGGUGCGCCACGGCAUCGCAGAGAUCAUCAAGAUGGCAGUAGUUAAGGACUUGAAUUUAUUCGAGCUCCUCGAGCAGGCCGGCCCGAAGUUGGUGCAGACCCAGUUCGGCUCCACCCCGGAGUCCCAGAAGGACCCGGAGUUCAUGCAGCUCUGCGACGCCAUCGUGGGGAAGGCGAUGCUGGGCUACGUGAAGUCCGAGUACGGAAACCUGUGGGAGACCCACCAGUGCCGCCCGCACGCCUACGGCCACACCUGGUCCCCGGGCUACGAGCUGCCCGCCGGCAUGCUGCACGGCCACGCGGUCGCCACCUGCAUGGGCUUCGGCGCAUACUUGUCGUGUAUCAAGAAGGGGUGGAUCUCCGAGACCGAGAUGAAGCGCAUUCUGAACGUGAUUUCCACCAUGGAACUCUCCCUCUGGCACCCCAUCAUGGACGACACCGACACCAUCUACGAGUCCCAGCGCAAGAUGACCGAGAAGCGCGGCGGCAACCUGUGCGCGCCGGUGCCGAAGGGUUCGAUCGGUAUGUGCGGGUUCAUCAACGACAUGCCCAAGCAGGAGCUCCACGACCGCCUGCAGGCGUACAAGCAGCUCCUCCUGGACAGCAAGUUCGCCCGCGACGGGCUGGGCAUCGAGGUCCACUGCGCCGACGUGGGGCUGCAGGACCCGUCGAGCGUGAUCAAGCCGGCCACCGUCGAGGACAACCUGGCCUGCACCCCGGUGCCGAUUUUCGACAAGAACCAGGAUAUUAGCGACCGGGAGCUGUCCAAGGCGAACCUGGACCUUUUGGACAAGAACAACCUCUCCUUCGGCAAGGGAAAAGCGGCCCAGGAGGCGUUGCUGCCCGACGCGUACCGUGUGUCCUCUGACGAGGUCCAGUUUUCCCCCGAGCACAACAAGAAGAAGGCGCAGACGUACCAGGACUGGAUCGCGUCUGUGCAGCAGGACCGCAACGCCAACUGGAAGAACAACGUCGAGUUCGAGAUCCAGCCGGACACGCCGCUGCCGCCGCAGUGCAACCACGUGCAGAUGUUCGCGGACGACGUGGUCGAGAACUACGCGGUGAGCCACUCGACGCCGGCGAGCAAGGCCAUCCAGCACGCGGCCACGGUGACGCAGGCCGAGAAGUUAUUCAUGCCCUGCAUGGUUGGCUCCCUGGAGGCGAACUUUUUGAAGAUGCAGACCAUGAUUUGCGGCGCCAAGAAGGUGUUGGACGUCGGUACCUUCACCGGCAUGUCCGCGCUCGCGUUCGCCGACGGCGGCGCGGAGAAGGUGGUCACGUUGGAGGUGGAUCCCAAGAUCGCGCAAGUGGCGUCCAAGAUCUUCUCGGAUACCGGCUAUUUGGAGCAGAACGUCGAAGAUUCCGUCAUCGAUUUGCGCGUGGGGGACGCGGUGGCGUCCAUGCGGCAACUGCAGAUGCAAAAGGAACAGUUCGACAUCAUUUUCCUGGAUGCCGACAAGGAAAACUACGUCAAGUAUUACAACCUCUGCAUGGACCCGGCGCAGCCCCUGCUCGCCCCGAACGGGAUUAUUCUGGCGGACAACAGCAUGUGCGCGUUGCUGUACGACCAGGAUACGGAUGAGCGCUCCACCAAGUUGCACGAGUUCAAUCAGCACGUGAAGAACGACCCGCGGGUGGAGCAGGUCAUGCUCACCGUCCGUGAGGGUAUCACCAUGAUCAAGCCG